AUGACUUGUACAUUUCUGGCGAUUCUGGGAUUGCAACUCUUCCUCCUUGUGCUGUCGUGGGGUGCCGAUGGUUUCGAGGUCCAGCCUGUCCAGAUACCCCAGCUGGAUUUCAGUGAGAUCGGUCGUGUUGCAUUCAUUGGAGAUUUCGAAGCGCUAUCACUCUACCAGUACACCGAGCGAUCCAGCAAUGCCUCUGCGCCCUCAGGCAAUGGCGGUCAAUCAAUUUUGCAGCAGCUCCCGAACGGAGAUCUUGUCGAACUCGCAGAAGCCAACGGGCCCAUAGAACAUGUUGGUGCCUUUGUGAUGCACGAUGGUACAUAUGCAGGGACCAUUGUCGUAGGAAACUUCACUGCAAUAGCCGGUAUUCCUGCAGAAGGUAUUGCUAUGUUCAAUACCACCUCGCGCACCGUCUCUCCUAUGCCAGGGCUUAGUGGCCCAAUAUUCACGCUGCUGAUGGACGGCGAGGACCGAAACACAUUUUAUGUAGGUGGGGACUUCUCAGCCGCGAACUCAGGCAAUGUGUUGGCUUGGGUAGGCACGAGUGGCUGGGCCAGCUUACCAUUUGGAGGUUUUAACGGACCUGUCAACUCGAUCGCUAAAUUGUCGGACGGAUCUUUGGCUUUUGGAGGCAGCUUUGAUAACCUGCUCAAUCGAAGUAUUGCUGCAAACAUCAGUGCGCUUUUCCAAGGCAACUCCACAGAACUGAGUGGACUUUUCGGAUUCAAUCCUAGCGCAUCAACUGAAGGUGGUCGUUCUGCAGCGGUCACUCGUACAAAGCUUGACCCGGGGGCGGUGGUAAACGAUCUGGUCUCGUACAACAAUUCUUUGUUCGUUGCUGGGGCUUUCCAGUCUCGCGAUAUCCACAACAUCUUUGUUAUCGAGAAUGAUACCUCCAUUGCUUUAUCAGGGGGUGGAUUGAAUGCUAGAGUCAACACCCUCUAUCUUGCACAAGACCUGCUUUUCGCAGGGGGUGACUUCACGGACACGGCCAACAAGACCACUGGAAACCUUUCACAUGUGGCUGUCUAUUCAAUACUAGAUCAAAAUUGGCAGGCCUUAGGGGCAGGGGUGAACGGUCCAAUCUCACAUUUGAACCCUUUGGAGUUCAUCAUUACACCGGGCUCGGCCCCAGAAAUUGUUGUUGUUGUUAAUGGAGAUUUUAACCAACUUCAAGAGUUCGGAAACAACUCAAUGGCUUCGGUGGACGGCCUCGGGAUUUGGGUGCCAUCGGCAAACAAUUGGCUGCAGAAUAUCGCGAUUGACCAACAAGCUUUCCAUGGCCAACUCAGCAGCUGCAGCACAAACAUCAGCGCAGCGCAGGAGACUGAUCUCAUCUGCGCCGGAACACUAUCUUCUUAUGGUCUCAGAGCAAGCAGUGCAAUUGGACUCAUAACUGACACGUCCCAAAAUCUUGAACUUGUUACUUUGGGACUUCAGACCAAGUCGAGUAAUGGAUCUGGCGCCGCGACCGGACUGUUCUACUCAGAAAACGGGCUCAAUCUCACAAUAAUUGCUGGACAGUUCAUAGCUGAAGCGUCCGACAAGUCUGUUGUCCAAAAUCUUGCAUUCAUCAACAAUACCGACAAUCCCGAAAUAGUCUCCGGCAUGAAUUCUGACUUUGGGAGCAAUUUUUCUAUCCAAAGCCUAGCCACCCAGUCGACCAUUUUGUAUGCCGGCGGUGUUCUAGCUGGCAAGGUAAAAAACCAGAAUGUCGAAGGCAUCUUCGCAUACAACUUAUCUGAGCAUGACUUUUCGGUCAGCCAACCACCUGCCUUGGAAGGAAACGUUGUCGAGGUAAAAGCCAUGAAAAUAAAACCACAAGGUAGCCAACUGUAUGUUGGCGGCAGUUUCGCGAAGGCUGGUUUGAUUGACUGUCCGAGCGUCUGCGUCUACGAUACUGCGUCACAAAAUUGGAGCCGUCCAGGCACUGAGCUUAGUGGCUCUGUCACUUACUUGACUUGGACUGACGACGAAACACUGAUUGCUGCCGGCAACAUUGCCGUUGGUGGCGUGUCUUAUUCUUUGGCAACAUUCUAUGUUCCUGAUGGUGAGUGGACACCUUUCAGGGAGGACCAGCCAAUCCCGGGUCAAAUCACUGCAAUGAGUCCUACAGGCUCCAGAGGUCAAGAUACGCCAUCUGGUAGUGCUGGUUGGUCCAGCGACUCGGCGGGUUUCUGGAUUGCCGGCACUUAUCCCAAUAGCUCCGCUUUUCUAAUGAAAUGGGGCAAUGAUACAUGGUUGCCAGUCAACCAAGAUUUUGGCAAUCCUAGCAAGAUAACAGGAGUAGAAGUCGUAUCGUUGGAUCAAGACACUGCUGGCAAUGAGUUCCUCGAUAGUGGUCGUAUCUUGGUACUUACGGGGAGCAUGAAUCUGCCCCAAGCGGGUAAUGCUUCUGCUACGCUUUUCAACGGAACAUAUGUGUGGCCCCUAGUUCUCACCACCGGCGCGGACGGUAGCCCAGGUUCUCUGAGUCAGAUGUUUUCUGAGCAAGAAAUCUAUUUUGCACCGGCUCCGGAUCCCAAGGGCACCGUGGUUGCAAUCGCAGUAGCAGUCAUAGCAGUCUUAAUUUCUAUUAUCAUCAUUGGAGAAGUGAGCGAGAUUUGCCGUCGGCACUGGCUUGGAAGGAAGGGAUAUGGCCCACUACCUCGCCGAACAGAAACCUAG